AUGAAGUCUAUGGCUACUGCCUCGGGCAGACGACUGUAUCUUACGAUCAACUUUGUGGCCGGGCUGGCUAUUUUCUUCUUCGGCUAUGACCAAGGCAUGAUGGGUGGUGUCAACACCGCUCCAGACUACGUUCGCGUCAUGCAGCUAGGAUAUUCCACGUAUCAAGGCCCUUCAGAGGGUUACGUUGUUACGAUCACCGAGCCAACGAAACAAGGCGGCAUUGUCAGCAUAUACUACCUCGGAACUCUAAUAGGAUGUCUCAUAGCUGGUGUGUUGGGUGACAGGCAAGAUUGGGCGUAUCAGGACAAUGAUGAUUGGCAGUCUGUGGGUCCUCGUCGGUGCCACCCUCCAAUGCUCUGCGCAAAACGUCGUGUGGUUCGUCAACGAGAAAUGCGAUUGAGCGCGACGCGCGAUGCUGAACCUGUAUCUAGGAUGCUUUGUGCCCGUGUCGUCAACGGGAUUGGUACGGGAUUUCUGAACGCCAUCGUUCCAGUAUGGAGUGCAGAAGUCGCCUCGCAUACGACAAGAGGAGCGUUCAUCGCAAGCGAAUUCACCCUGAACAUAUUUGGCGUCGUCGUAGCUUAUUGGCUAGAAUUCGGCCUCGGCUUUGUUGGUGACGGCACAAGUCAAGUGCGGUGGCGGUUCCCAAUAGCAUUCCAGAUCCUACCCGUUUUAGCGUUCAUGCUCUGCAUACCCAUGAUGCCAGAAAGUCCGCGUUGGCUUAUGAAGAUGGGCCGUGAUAAAGAGGCACGCAGCAUUCUGGGCCGCCUCCGUUCGGAAACAGGCAACACUGAAGAUGCGCGCGUGGUCGCUGAAUACGAAGAAAUUGUCGUGGCAGUACAGCUCGAGAAGGAACACGCUGCGGGAAACACAUACUUUGCUAUGUUGUUCGGCUUCCACGACAGCGACCUCCACGUCGCCCGCCGCGUGCAGCUGUCCAUCUGGCUUCAGAUCGUGCAGGAAUGGGUGGGCAUCGCGGCUAUCACGGUGUACGCGCCGACCAUCUUCGCAGAAGCCGGGUAUGGUGCUCGGAAGUCACAGUGGCUCUCUGGGUUGAACGAUAUCACGUACAUGCUGAGUACGCUGCUUGCCGUGUUGACCAUUGAUCGCCUCGGCAGACGUAUUGGCCUAUGGUGGGGCGCCGUCGGGCAGGGUAUCUCCUUGAUCCUUGCGGCCGCAUUCACCAGACUGCUCAAAGAUAAUCCGGACAAGGCCGCUCAGUAUGGUGGUGCGGCUGCGCUGUUCGUCUUCAUGUACACGGCAAUUUUCGGCGCGACGUGGUUGACCAUCCCGUGGGUAUACCCGACCGAGACCUUCCCGCUCUAUGUCCGUGCGAAGGGAAUGGCGUGGGGUGUCUUCGGAUGGUCGAUUGGCAAUGGCUGGCUCACGCUUCUCAACCCAGUGAUGUUCUCCAGCAUCCAGGAGAAUACGCUGCACAUUUUCGGUGCUAUCAACUUUCUGGCAAUUCCGAUGGUGUGGGCGUUCUAUCCGGAGACGGCGAACCGCACAUUGGAAGAGAUGGAUCACUUGUUCAUGAGCAAGAGUCCGUUCGUGUGGGAGGAGGAGGCACACUUCAAGAAGUGGAAAGAGGAAGGCGAGCCUGCUAGAAUCAGGAACGAGCCAGAAGUGCGUGAUGUGGACGAUUUCGAUUUGAAGGUGGACGAGAUGAAUAACGUGGAAACGAAAGUAUGA